AUGGGCUGGUUUGGCUCGAAGGUUCUCAGGCGCUUUCCCUGUGACGACAUGAUGCCGUCCCAGCUCAGCAUCACUGCUCAGCACCUUACGUCAGCCACUCUCAUCGCCUUCACUCUGGUUCUCAUCACAGCACUCAGGCUGUGUUCUGCCUCCAGCCUCGCUCCACCUCGUCACCACGCUUUGGCUGGUGGCUGCCUGUCGUCAUCACAUCGCUUUGGCAUGGGCGGAUCACCUGACUCACCGUCCCCGCUCCGUCUCCCCAUACCUUCACCCCAAUCCUCACAGCUCUUCCUACCUGCAUCCAACCUGCACUCUCCCCUGCUUCCCACUUUUCGAUAUCACCCCCAAUCCAAGUUUUUAUUUCUUGACAUUGAAAAAAUUAACGUGUGCAGAGGAGGACAUUUGUGCAAGUGGGAACGAUACCACAUCACUCUGUCCUUAGUGUUCAUCGAUAUUGUGCACACCUGGAGCUUUUAUGAAAACCAUCCCUUCAUGUUCACGUUCCGUGACUGA